CAGGACCCCCUACAGCCACUGACAUCCCCAUGGAUGUGGGGCCACCAAGUGCCACCAACGUCCCCAUGGACCCAAAGAACCUCAAGUGUCACCGAUGUCCCCAUGGCUUCAGGACGUCCAGGUGCCACCAGGACCCCUACGGCCACCCACAUCCCCAUGGAUGUGGGGUCACCAAGUGCCACCAAUGAUGUCCCCACGCCUCCAUCACCUCCAGAUGCCACCAGGACCCCUACGGCCACCCCCGUCCCCUCGUCCCCCGCACCCCCUGCCCCCUCUGCAGGUCCUUUUGGGUCGGGGGGUGUCACCCCACGGCCUCGGCCCCCCGUUCCGCGUCCGUCUCCCCGGACGCCUCCCGGCCCCUGGAGCCGAGACGGAGACGGCGGUGACUUCGGGCCUUUGGCCGUGGGUUUCCCGAGGCGACAGAGGGGACAAAAGCGAGAAGGAAGAGAUCGGCGACACGUCGGGGAUGGCGGCGGCCGUGAGGGCGGCGAGACGCGGGGCCAGGAGGGGGAUGGUGCCGUGCGGGGCGGCCGUGGUCGAUCCGGUGAGCGGGAGGGUCGUGGCCGCGGCGUGGGACACCAGGAGGGGGGGGGCAACCCGCUGGGACACGCCGUGGGGGGCCGGGGGGCGGCCCGCUUCGGGGGGGGGGGCGGCGGGCGGCUACCUGUGCUCGGGGUGGGACGUUUACGUGACGAGGGAGCCGUGCGUGCUGUGCGCCAUGGCGCUGCUCCACGCCCGGGUGCGCAGGCUGCUCUUCGGAGCCGCGGCGGCGCACGGCGCCUUGGCCACGCGGUACGGCCUGCACGGCAGGGCGGCGCUCAACCACCGCUACCGGGUGUGGGGCGGCGUCUGGGCCGGGGCGUGCGGGAGGCUGCGGGGUCUGGACGGGAGGGGGGCAGGAGGGGAGCCGGCUGCACCUUAA